UGCCGGUACUGGCCUCGACACGCUCAGUCUGAGUAUCGUCUGAUUGCUCGUCCUCAAUAUGUUCUCCUCUGCUGUCCGACGAAUGGCCUCUUCGUCCAGGGGUCGCAAGCUUCGUACACGAGCACGGUCUCAACCAGUCGAUCGACUCCCGGAGGAGAAAAUGCGAGCCCUAAUAUCUAUCUACCACCAAGCCGGUUCCUUCAUCACCAAAGAUACCCUAGACAAAGCUAUCGACGAUGCAUUUACGCCGUCCCAACUCAGUUACCGUGCCUUGGCCAGCAUGAACGAAAGGAACUAUGACGAGCUCCUGCUAGAAGUGCAGCAGCGUCGACAGAGUCCUAAAACGUCAGACUGGACGUUUGCCGAUCGUCAGAGUGUUGCCUCACCAAGCAUAUGGGGCGAAUCCAAAGCAGACCGAGAGAGAGCUGUAGCUGAGGCUUUAUAUGGCACGGAUGACCUCGUGAAACCUGGGUUGGAGGCUCUGGAGGACCACAAGUGGAGGAUACAGAGAUCUCUGGAGGAAGAACGGCAGCAUAAAGAACUAUCACAACCAGAUCGACCUCAGCAGACACCUUAACGGUGCUGAUACGGUCAUGGGGAGUGUCUUUUGCCAGCAGGCGUUGUAGAGAAAGAUCCUACGCAUUGUAAGAGGCAGUAGCCCCAUGUCCGUCCGCGAGGGAUCGCUACUGUCUACAUCUUCAAUAUCGGCAGCUAUUAAUCUUUCUUCAAUCCUAGUGCAGCAGGCAAUGUCUUCUCGCAUGGUCCCAGAAAUAGGAAAUCGGCAUCUUCGUCUCCUUCACUUCGGUCCAAGUUGAAUACUGCUACUUUCCCGCCGUGAUCCUGCACUUCGCUUGCGUAACCAGCCGCCGGGUACACCUAAACAGGGUGUCCAGAGUGGUAUGGAGGCUCCCAUGAAAUUGCUUACCGUCGAUGAGGUACCC